UUUCCGUCAGAGGUUCUGUUCCGUCUUGUGAUUCGCCUAUGCUGUUGUCACAGCUCACGCCUAUCUCUAAUUGGAUUGGCUGACGCUUACGAUUGUCCGUGCUCUGAUUGGCCAGCGUUGGUUCCCUGUCAGUUCGGGCCGGUGCGCGUUUCAGCCACCGGCCUGCACAGAUUCGGAGAGGACGGAAACGCUGGAAACUGGGGCCCCAACAUGGAACUGCCCCCCGGACGCGGCUCCUCGCCGCCGGGACCGCGGCCCAUACCACCUCCCCGCAAGAGCUCUAUGGACCGCAGGACGCUCAGCCCCGCAAGACGAGAGGCAAAGGGGAACGCAGCAGGUGACGUCAGUGUUGGUGAGCAGAGGGCAUUCUGGGAGAGAGUGAGUGAUGUCAAUGGCAGCGGGGAUUCGGUGGCCAAGGGGAAGCUUCCUGACACCCCUGAGAAAGCUGAUCAAGAUGGAAGUGAAAAAGGCCACAGGAAGGAUGGGAGUGUCACCCAGAGAGUUGUCAUAGUGAUGCAGAGCAGGGCUACAACAUCAGCAGGCAACCUGGGCCACUCAGCAGCAUUGGAGAGCGGCGACACAACAGCAGGGGAUGCCAAGAGUUGUGAUGUCCAGCAGCACCUUCACCCAGACGAGCAGAUCGGCAUAACCCAACCAAGGGUACAGGGUCACAGCGCUACACCCGUGCCGGCACAACCGGACCCACAGCCCCAUGGAGUUCUGCCUCAGGAUAGCACGGCCCAAGGGAGUCUGCAGCCGGAGAGUGUGAGCCACGACACCGCCCCACCACAACACCAACUCACCCUGGGAACCGAAGGGCAGAUUACUUGCCACCCAGAUGGGGAAAAGCAGUGGGUGCCACAGACGGAUGGUGCAAAAGUGCAGCAGGAGAGCGUGAGCCACGGCGCCGCCCCACCACAACAUCAACUCACCCUGGGAACCCAGAGCGAAGGGCAGAUUACCUGUCACCCAGAUGGGGGAAAGCAGUGGGUGCCACAAAAGGACAGUGCAAAAGUGCAGCAGGAGAGUGUGAGCCACGGCGCCGCCCCACCACAACAUCAACCUAUUCUGGGAACCCAGAGCGAAGGGCAGAUUACUUGCCACCCAGAUGGGGGAAAGCAGUGGCUGCCACAAAAGGACGGUGCAAUAGCGCAGCAGGAGAGUGUGAGCCACGGCGCCCCACCUCAACAUCAACCCAUUCUGGGAACCCAGAGCGAAGGGCAGAUUACUUGCCACCCACAUGGGGGAAAGCAGUCGGUGCCACAAACGGACGGUGCAAUAGCGCAGCAGGAGAGUGUGAGCCACGGCGCCCCUCCACAACAUCAACCCGUUCUGGGAACCCAGAGCGAAGGGCAGAUUACUUGUCACCCAGAUGGGGGAAAGCAGUGGGUGCCACAAACGGACGGUGCAAUAGCGCAGCAGGAGAGUGUGAGCCACAAACUCAUCCAGGUCAUCCUGGGGACCGAAAGCGAAGGGCAGAUUACCUGUCACCCAGAUGGGGGAAAGCAGUGGGUGCCACAAACGGACGGUGCAAUAGCGCAGCAGGAGAGUGUGAGCCACAAACUCAUCCAGGUCAUCCUGGGGACCGAAAGCGAAGGGCAGAUUACCUGUCACCCAGAUGGGGGAAAGCAGUGGGUGCCACAAAAGGACAGUGCAAUAGUGCAGCAGGAAAGCGACAGCCAAAUUAAAGUGCAACCAAAUAGGGAGGUCCAGGUGACUGCACCACAGGAUAGCAGGAACCACGUAGCUUUCCCACCGCAGCUUGAUGUUAGCGGACCAGCACAGCAACAGCAGCAGAGAGACAGUUGUGUGCCAGACAGCACUAGCCAAGAGACUGUGGCACAGCCAGUCAGUGCAAAGCAGUUGGAUAGUGCAAGUCCAGCGGCGCCGCAACAGGAUUCUCCCACAGAACCCAAACCUGCAGUAAGUACUGAGAGCCAUGUAAGUGUGCAACUAAGCAUCGUCAUUCAGGGCAAGGAGACCGCUCAGCAGGAUGGUGGAGCAUCAGAAAGCGUCGGUGCACAAGGUGGGGUGCAGCAGUGUAGCGAGCAUCCCCCGGCAGUGUUACCUCGACAGGACGGUAUGGCACCGAGUGAAGAGGCACUACAACUAACUAACGUCAUACUUCCACAGGGCUCCGUUAUGCAGGAUAGUGUCCCCCAAGCGCAGGAUAGUGUUAUGCAAGGUAAUGUUACCAAACCUCAGGAGAGCACCACGCAGAAGGAUGGAACGGCAGUUCAGGACAGCGCUGUGACUUCUGUACAGAGCCCCCCUUUGCAGAAUAGCAUAAAGGGCAGUCCAGCAGAUCAACCUUCCACAUCCUCAGGACCUUCUCAUUCUUCCCCCGGAACAGCCCCAGUGGCUGCCCCCGAAGGGACUGCCCUUUCCCCUAUGCGUGUAAAUGAACUCUCAAGCCCUCAAAGGAACAUAUCUGCUAAGCCCCCUCUCCCCACCCCGAUUAGAUCUAAUCUGUACCCCGGCCCCCAGCUUCCAGCACACGAUCCGGAUUCGUCCCUCCGGAGUGAAACAGCCUCUUUGUCCAGCUACAGGAUGAAGGCUCCAGCUCCGGACACCCUCAGCUACUUGGAUUCUGUUAGCCUGAUGUCGGGUACGUUGGAGUCGCUCACCCUAAUGGACGACGCCAGCUCUUUGGGCUCUGAUUCGGAGAUCAAUGGCAUUCCGUACCGCAAGACCGACAAAUAUGGAUUCCUGGGAGGAAAUCAAUACAGCGGCAAUGGGGAGGGCUUCUUAUCUGUGGAAAUCUCCCGGCAGAGGGAGCUGAAGUGGCUGGACAUGUUUAGUCACUGGGACAAGUGGCUGAGCCGUCGAUUCCAGAAGGUGAAGCUCCGUUGCAGGAAGGGCAUUCCUUCCUCCUUGCGAGCAAAAGCAUGGCAGCUCCUGUCUAACAGCGAGGAACUUUUGAGGAAGAAUCCAGGAAAAUUUGAGGAGAUGGAGAGGCAACCAGGAGACCCCAAGUGGCUGGAUGUGAUUGAGAAGGAUCUGCACCGACAGUUUCCUUUCCAUGAGAUGUUUGCCGCUCGCGGUGGGCACGGACAGCAGGACCUGUACCGAAUCCUAAAAGCCUACACUGUGUACCGGCCGGAGGAAGGAUACUGCCAGGCGCAGGCCCCGGUGGCAGCCGUUCUUCUCAUGCAUAUGCCAGCUGAGCAAGCCUUCUGGUGCUUGGUUCAGAUCUGUGAUAAAUACCUACCAGGAUAUUACAGUGCUGGCCUGGAAGCGAUCCAAUUAGACGGGGAGAUUUUCUUUGCCCUCCUGCGUAGGGUCUGCCCCAUGGCCUACCGCCACCUGAAGAAGUUCAAGAUUGACCCAAUCCUUUACAUGACUGAGUGGUUCAUGUGCAUCUUCUCCCGUACCCUGCCGUGGGCAUCGGUGCUGCGGGUCUGGGACAUGUUUUUCUGUGAAGGGAUUAAAAUUGUGUUCCGCGUGGGCCUGGUAUUACUAAAGCACACCCUGGGCUCUGUUGACAAGCUUCGGAGUUGUCAGGGGAUGUACGAGACCAUGGAAAAGCUUCGGAGCCUGCCGCCACAGUACAUGAACGAGGAUUUUCUGCUCCCGGAGAUCAGCUCCCUCCCUAUCACGGACGUGCUGAUUGAGCGAGAAAGCACCACCCAACUGCGCAAGUGGCGGGAGAAUCGCGGGGAGCUACAGUACCGCCCCUCUCGGCGGUUACACGGAGCGCGUCAGAUUCACGAGGAGAAAGUGAGGCUCAACCCAUCCCUCAGCGGCAGCCGCCUCAGCCUCUCCAGCCUCCGGCGCCCCUCCCCGCCCCCAACUACUGCUCUUCUGCCCGAGUCGGUGGUGGUAUCUGAGGGGCUUCGCCCGGCCCUGCCUUCCCCUACCUCCAACAAGACCCCGCUGGUCCCUCCGAAAGAAAGCGGGAAGAGAACCAAGGAGAAGCAGAGAGAACAAGAGAAGAAAGAGAAGGAGGAGAAGGAGCGUGAGCGGAAGAGAGAGAAGGAGGAGAAGCAGAAGGAGAAGGAGAGGGAGAAGCUGCGAGAGCGGGAGGAGAAGCAGAGGGAGAAGGAGCGCCGGGCCCAGAAGGAGAAGGAGAAAGCCGACGGCAAGCAGAAAAAAGAGCGGAAGUUUUCUUUUCGCCGCAAAGACCCAUCUACCCCAGCAGCGGCUGAUGCCCCCAAAAAGACUGGCAAAGGGGCAGCGGACAGUGCAGCGGGGGCAGGAGCAGUCCAUGACACAUACUUUUGAAGGACUCUUUCCCCUUCCCCUGUCUGACUUGGGGGGGCUUCACCCCUGUAUACGGCAGCAGAGCCCGGCGCUGGGGGGCACAUCCGAGUCCUUACCAUAGAGUCUUACUGAGAGACAGCGCUACUCCCAGCGCCCCCCACCCUGAUACCCAGAGGAGGCUGCUCUGAGGGGCUUCUGUUAGGAUGGGCAGUACCAACAGAAGGGGGGGGGGGGGAAGGUGUGUGCUGAGCUAAGAUCCCCCCCCCUGCAGUUAUUCAUGUAUGGAAGAGAGUUGUCCAAUACAUUUGUUUUAAUGCUUUUUUUUUUUUUUUAUCUUUUAAAGGGGCGGGUUGAAUUAAGUCGCACACAGCGGGGGGAAGAAUAUAGCUAUGCAGUUAGGGCCCCCCCCCCAAUUAGAAGGGCACAUGGUUUGGACCAAUCUCCUCUGCCUAUCACACACACACAGGGGAAACAGAAAUAUGGCGCAGCCUGGAACUUCUCAUAGGAAACCACCUCCCACUGGAAGCCUUCCCGGUCCCCCAAGCUCAUUAUAUAUAUAUAUCCUUCUCAUUAUAAAUACCCCCCCCACCCACCUUGCUUGUUACCCACCUCCCCUUAUAGCCCAGCCCCCCCCCCCCCGCCUGUCCUUGUUUACAAUAUGAUGUGUGUGGGAGCCCUGUAACCCCCCCCCCUUCCUGCGCAGCUGGUUCUACUUCCUGCCUGCAGGGCUGGGGUAGCCCCCAUGUUGUUUGGGGCGGCCAAUGACUGCUCCGCGCGCAUUUCAGGUUUUUUUCCAGUUUGUUUUAUUUGUGUAUAUAUAUACAGUAUAUAUAUAUAUAUUUUGUUGAUGUUGCUUCUUGUUUUUAAAUGACUCCGUGUGUGCCGUAAGCCCCCAAGCCCUGACUGUACCGGCUACAGAGCAGCUCCCCCCUCCCACCCGGCGCGGUUCCGUAACUUAAAUGCCAUGUAGGACUGCAGAGCCUGGGGCUGGACACGUGGAACCCGCUCGGCCGAGGUUCCUAACUGUGUAUGAUACCCCUGUGUAUGGAUUCCCCCUUUGCCCAGUGCCAGAGAGGCUGAAUCCGCACUGCGCGGGUCACUGAUAGGCCAAAUAGAGCGCAAUGCACACAGCGUGGGCGGGGCUUGGUGCCAGUUGGUACAUUUCAUCUGUAUGCUUUUCCCUAAUGCACAGCUCUGAUUGGGUUACACACUACUGCGUGCACUUUGCUGCUAAACCCUCACUGCCCUGUACUUGGCAUCACUAUCCACAAUGCCCUAGGUGUAUUGUCGGUACCCACAAUGCCCUAUGUGUAUUGUCGCUACCCUCAAUGCCCUGUGUGUAUUGUCGCUACCCACAAUGCCCUGUGUGUAUUGUCGCUACCCACAAUGCCCUGUGUGUAUUGUCGCUACCCUCAAUGCCCUGUGUGUAUUGUCGCUACCCACAAUGCCCUAUGUGUAUUGUCGCUACCCACAAUGCCCUAUGUGUAUUGUCGCUACCCACAAUGCCCUAUGUGUAUUGUCGCUACCCACAAUGCCCUAUGUGUAUUGUCGCUACCCACAAUGCCCUAUGUGUAUUGUCGCUACCCUCAAUGCCCUAUGUGUAUUGUCGCUACCCACAAUGCCCUAUGUGUAUUGUCGGUACCCACAAUGCCCUGUGUGUAUUGUCGCUACCCACAAUGCCCUAUGUGUAUUGUCGCUACCCACAAUGCCCUAUGUGUAUUGUCGCUACCCACAAUGCCCUAUGUGUAUUGUCGCUACCCUCAAUGCCCUAUGUGUAUUGUCGCUACCCACAAUGCCCUAUGUGUAUUGUCGCUACCCACAAUGCCCUAUGUGUAUUGUCGCUACCCACAAUGCCCUAUGUGUAUUGUCGCUACCCACAAUGCCCUAUGUGUAUUGUCGCUACCCACAAUGCCCUAUGUGUAUUGUCGCUACCCACAAUGCCCUAUGUGUAUUGUCGCUACCCACAAUGCCCUAUGUGUAUUGUCGCUACCCACAAUGCCCUAUGUGUAUUGUCGCUACCCACAAUGCCCUAUGUGUAUUGUCGCUACCCACAAUGCCCUAUGUGUAUUGUCGCUACCCACAAUGCCCUAUGUGUAUUGUCGCUACCCACAAUGCCGUAUGCGUAUUGUCGCUACCCACAAUGCCCUAUGUGUAUUGUCGCUACCCACAAUGCCCUAUGCAUUUCUCUCCAUGCUUAUAGCUGUUUCUGCAUGUUCCUCUCUGUCAGUCCUGGGAAAGUGCCGGCCAGUGGCAGUUGCCAAUUCCCCUCCCUGAUAGCGACCGGCGUAAGGGUUCUGUAUAGGCUAGAGAUUCUGUUGCCCAGUCCGACCCACUUGGUGCCGUUGUAUUGCCCACGGGUGCUCCCUCCCAGCGUGCCAGACCAGCUGUACAUUGCCCUGCAUGUCCCACGUAUACGUUGUGCUGUGUUAGAAUGUCGCACCCCGCUCUGCAGCCUCUCCAGCACUGAUGGAUGGAACUGGAAUAUUUUGUUGUAAUAUUAUGUAUUUGUCAGAACCAACCGGGGUGCAGUGUGUGAUAUGGGGUGCUCCCUGUCCUGCUGUCACUUGUACCCUUUAUUUACGGCAUCAUUAUAAAAAUUUAACCCUUACAA